ACUACAGCAGUCUGCGCAGUCCUUCAAGUCGCUGGAUGAUAGUGGCAUAGGAACUGCAUCCAGCAUGCUGAAUAUAUCCGGUGGAGGAAAUACACUUGCCAUUAUGAUCGAGGAUCGUGCUUGCUAUAAUAUGCACAUUCUAGGAGCACUGCGACUUGCUAUGUAUAAUAUUCACAUACUAGGAGCACUACACGCAUGCUAUAGUACUAUGCUGCCGGUAGACUAGGAGCACUACUAAUAAAUAGGGAUGCUAAGGAAUGAAUACAUAUUGGCAUAUGCUUGUUGUCGUUUUAAGUAGUUUCUACUGUCUAAGUGUAACAGAUGGAACUGUACUGAGAUCUUCUGUUGUGUAGCGUCAACCUUCAUCUGCAUUGUCUCUAUCGAAAAAGCCUCCGCUUACAACUUCUAGUCUCACCUACUACAAAUUCGUGUAGUUCUAAUCAAAACCAAGCCUCCUCUUCAAGUGUGGUCAAUGUCUCCACCAGUGGCACGAGUGCAUCGAGUCUCUCCUU